AUGAUUUUCAAUGCUCCUGGUAAAAUUUGUUUGACAACUGAUAAUUGGAAGAGUCAACAUACAAAACUUGAGUAUAUUUGCAUUACUGCUCAUUUUAUUGAUGAUAAGUGGAAACUACAAAAGAGAAUUUUGAGAUUUAGAGCAUUAGUUCCACCUUAUGACAUUGUGCAUACUGAUGAGAUUGACUUAUUUUUAUCUCAAUGGAAUUUGAAGCAUAAAAUAUUCUCAAUCACCGAUAAUGCUUCUUACAAUGAUACUAUGAUUUCUAUCCUUAAUGGUCGCCUCGCAACAAAAGAGUUUCUCGUAUGUAAUGGAGAGUUUUUUCAAAUCCGUUGUUGUGCUCAUAUUUUAAACUUAAUCGUACAAUCAGGUUUGGAUAGUAUCGUUGAUAUUAUUAAUAAGAUCGGAGAAAUUAUGAAGUAUAUUGAUAAAUCACAGGUACGUAGAAAAAAGUUUUUUGAUGUUGCAAAGAAAAGUUUUCACUUAGAUGUUAGGAGAAGAUUUAGGUUUGAUUGUCCUAUGAGAUGGAAUUCGACUUAUACAAUGCUUGAUAAUGCUCUUUACUACAAGAAUGUGUUUGAUUAUUUUGGGAGUAGAAGUCAUGUACUUAGAUCUUAUGAAAUCUCAAAAAUUGAAUGGAAAUAUAUUUCUAUGGUUCAUAAAUUUUUGAAGGUGUUUUAUGAAGUGACAAUUAUGUUUUCGGCUCAUAACACUCCUACUUCAAAUUUAUUUUUUAGAGGAGUGUGGAAAAUCCAUUCAAAGUUAUUAGAAGUUGCAAAUGAGCCAUCUCACCUUCUAUGCAAUACUGCUAAGACUAUGCAACCUAAAUUUGACAAAUAUUGGGCUAAUUACAAUGGAAUUUUGAGUUGUGUUGCACUUUUAGAUCCUAGAUGCAAAAUAAAUUUUUUGAAGUAUUGUUAUGGGAAAAUAUAUGGGAAAGACAAAAUGGAUGAGAUGGUAGAGAAAGUUGUGACUACCCUUCAUAAGUUGUUUGACGAGUAUAGACAAGAAACUAGUUCUAGUGUUGGAACUUCAAAUGAGGAACCAUCAAGUGGUGGCAAUUUUCUCAGUGACAUGGGGGAUGAGCAAUUUGAAGAUUACAAAGAGUUUUUGGGUGAAACAACUACCACACAUGGUAAGUCACAAUUAGAUCUUUAUUUUGAGGAACCAACUCAUAAUUUGACUGAAGAUUUGGAUGUUUUGGAGUUUUGGAAUAAAAGUUCAAUGAGAUAUCCCGAACUCUCAAAAAUGGCACGCGAUGUUUUAUCAAUUCCGGUUACAAGUGUUGCUUCAGAAUCCGCUUUUAGCAUUGGAAAUAAAAUCAUUACCGCUUCUAGAAGAUUGGAUUCGUGCGGAAGGUGA